CGGUUAUUAUGGAUACGGCGAAAUAAUACUAAUAAUCGUUUAAUUACUAGUAAAAAUGGUUGUUUUUUGUCGUAUAAAACAAGAUUUUUGACCGCAGUUUAUUAAUAAUGUUUUGGUUGAAUCUAUUUAAAUUGAUCUUGACGUUGGGCGAGUGGUGGAUUUACCGGGGUACAGUAUCAGCAACCGAGGUAAUCGCCGGACAACACGAUCCGUUAUUCGACCACGGUAGCUCAGCUGAAGACCAAUCUUAUUUUAUGCACCUCCAACAACAACUGAACGAACUAAUGGCGGGCUCCUCCACCGGUCGACCGACCAUCAGAUGCACGGUUGCCGCGGCACCGAAAGCUGUGCCGUGGCAGUCCCAGUUGUCUGGUGGCUUCUUCAGCCCACACCGUCGACCAGUAAACGGCAUUGAUAAAAAGCCCGUGGCUCGCCGUCGAGUCACGCACCGUCCGAAAGACAUUGCUGCCGACCGCGACGGUGUGGAAAAGCCAAAAAACGUGACCAGCAAUGACUACAUCGACGUUGGAAGUCCGUACACUCAGUCCGUAAAGUCCACUGCCGUCACCAGAAUUGGUAGAAUCGUCUUCGGCACCGAAGAUGAAUGUGUUUCGGCCAACCAAGGGCGGGCAUGCGUGUGUUACAUGACCGAUUUUUUAGAUCUGGUAGGUCAACGUUUGAACGAAGUAGCGGCGGCCGAAAACGGCGGAGAUGGCAACGACGAGGCAGCCGCGUUGAGUUGUCGGUCGUUCAAGCCCGUACCGACGGCGUUUGUCCUUUAUCCCACCACUGCAGCAGACGGAGUUGAGACGACUGCUACAGCUACGGUCAACUCCACCACCACCGGCCCCGCAAACUUUUCGGCCGACGUGAUGGUAGAACGAAACGGCGGCAAAAGCGGAGGCCGGGACCGCAGUGGUGCCGGUGACGACGAUAAGAAGGCCGUGGCAGCCACUCCCGUGUGGAAAGAAGUGGAUUUCGACAACGUCAUCAACUACCGACUGGAGAAGUCCUCGGACGAUCAUUACGCAGUGCAAUACAGCCUGGUUGGAAGUGACGCCAAAGUCCAAUGUGUGAUUAACGGCAACGGAACAAAAAUGAAUGCGUUCAAAUGGGACUUUAAGAAAGGCAAACAUAAAACUAAUUCUACGGUCACCGGAACAGAUACGAAUAUGCUAUUGAUAUUGGGCUUGGAACCUGGAGACAGUAAAAAUUACACUUGCACACCAACAAUGGAUAUGGUCGGAGGUUCUAAAAAUGGCACUUUCUACAAGCAUUACGUUCUAGCCGUCGAAAAAGCCAUUUAUGAGAUCCGUGGCUCAGCAGUUUACAAGGCUCGCGGUGGCGGCGGUUGUACGCACUACGUAACAGUUCUAGUGCAAAAGCAGUUGCCUAGUUCUAUGCUUACCGAAUUAUGUCCCGAGGGAUCGUCCCGAUACGCGUGCAAUAUCAUCGUAGAAAAACCAAAGUGUGCCGAAGACGAAAAAACUAUGGAAAUAAAAUAUUUGGUAACGAUAAACGACAAAGCCAAUUAUUUAACUCGAAUUAGAACUAGCAAGAAAAGUCGAAUAGCCCUGCGCUACCAAAAACUAUUGGCGAGAAUAUCCAGUGUCUUAACUUCAAAUCUUAACAAAACGUUGACGAUUCCAAUUACGUCCAAGUUGUCGUUGAUCGACACACAUUUUGAACCUGACUACAGCCGAAUGAGUAUUAAAAAGUUCGUUUCCUGUGCACCAGGUUUUGGUAUUCGGGAGGUGUUUUGUGCUGCUUGUCCGCCACACCAUUAUAGUCCAGAUAAGUCGAUCGAGUGUUUGAAAUGUGCCAAAGGUUUCCAUCAGGCGAUCGCCGGAUCGGAAAAGUGCGUCAAAUGUCGAAAUAUUUUUUCCAGUGGUUGUUAUAUGAAAGAAGUUUCACCUAUAGUAUAUUAUGUUACGGGAUUAAUCUGUUUAUCAGUAUGUUCAAUUCUUGUAAUUUCUUGUGCGUUUUGUUGCCGCGAAGAGAACGAAAAAAGUAUAAGGAUAAUACCAAGGAAAAUAAGGAAAAAAUUUAAAAAAACUAAAAAGUACAGUUUGUUGUCAUCUUCCCAAACGGAAGAUACACCAGACAACAGUAGUGUUAUAAGCAAAAGCUAUGGUAAAUUUAAAAACCUAUUAAAGUUUAAAAAAAAAUCUAAAUCUAAAAUAAUGGAUUCAAAAAUAACAUUCAAUAACGUACAUGAACAAUAUGGUCAACGAAUCCAGAAUAAUAACGUUACCGAAGAAAAUAGUACAACUAAUUAAAAUUUCAUUUUUGUAAAUAUAGUUUUUAUAACUAUUUGAUUUAUAGGCUUAUAAUUAUAUUUAUAUUGUAUAUUUAUUUUAUUCUAUACCUAUCUUGUAUUUUUGUAAAUCCACUUGAUUUCUAAAUAAAUAUUUAUUGAUGUAUACA